AUGGAGCGCAUUCUUUGGCUCGAUAGCCUCCGGGGCGUCGCCUCAGCUUUGGUAGUGGUACAUCAUUCAAAAAGCUCGGAGCCCAAGAGUAUCGUUGGUUUUUUGACCAGGUCCUAUUGGGAUGAACCGGCUGAAGAGAACCGUCGUCUUAUCCAACUCCCGCCCUUCCGACUUCUCUUCAAUGGCCCAUCAAUGGUGGCAUUGUUCAUGGUUAUAUCGGGCUAUGCGAUCUCGCUUCCUCUGCUCCGCUGCCGAGAGGAGAUUGGGGCAAGCAACUCGGGCUUCUUUCGUCGAUUAUGCUCUGCUGCAACUCGUCGAAUAUUUCGAAUUUAUCUGCCCUCUAUCGCCAUACUGUUUCUCAGCCAACUUGUGUACUUUUGUAAUGUGGUCCAGGGGAAGGCUGCGGAUGACUGGCUAGGUGGGCUAAAGCCAUUGACAGCGCCAUUGACCCAUAUCCAAUAUGUGCUUUCGAGGAUAGUGCAUCUGCUCGAUAUCAGCAACCAUCAAGUCGAUAUCAAUUUUGAUCACAACCGACCGGAUAUGCGCACCAUAAACUACCAGCUGUGGACAAUGCCAAUUGAGUUCCGUGGCUCGUGUGCUGUCUACUUGCUACUCGUGACAUUUUCAUUUUGGAGACCCCAACCUCGAUAUCUGGGAUUGGCAGGUGUGGCGAUGUAUUGGUUUUAUAUGGGACAUUGGGAUCUCUUUUCUUUCGUUGCCGGGAUUGUUCUUGCAGAGAGACACGUCGCAUCAGAGUCCAAGCCUGACGAAGAGAUUGCACUAUCAUACUCACCUUCACCUCUCGAGAUUCAAAAGCCUAUUGCCAAAUCCUGGAACCAAUUCGCAGAGAACAUAAAUCUCCAACAUCUUCGAAUAUCAGUGUCUUUCAUUCUAGGAUUGUAUUUCCUUUGCAUGUGCGGCGCUGACCGGUUAGCACGGGAGUACCGAUGGCUCAUCGUGACUCGAUCUCCUGAGUGGGAUAAUGCUGAGAUGAUGCCUCGGUGCUGGAGGAGCGUUGGGGCAGUUCUGAUGAUAUAUUCAGUCAGCAAAUAUUCGCUGCUUCAAAGACCGCUUAACUCACGACCACUGCAAUACUUGGGCAAAAUCUCAUUCCCGCUCUAUCUAGUCCACCCAACAGUCUAUCUUGUUCUCAAAUGGCCAGUUCGAGACUUUAUGUGGUGGGCCAUUACAAGAACGCCUUAUCCUGGUACUAUUGAGGCGAGCAAGCAUGCUCUACCGUUUUCCAUAGCUUGGAUGGGAACCAUGUUGUUGUUGGGCAUCGUUAUGGUGAUGGCAUCUGAACUUUGGAAUCGCUUCGUUGAUAUGAGGUGCAUAGCGCUUGCAAGAAAAUUCGCAAAAUGGGUUUCAUGUUAG